AUGUCAACAUCACAAGAACAAUCCAAUAAUACAACAACACUAUCAAAUUCAUCAUCAUCAGUAAUUUCCUCAGCCACAACAACAGCUGCAACAUCUUCUAAUUCAACAACAACAUCAUCAUCAAAACCAAAAAAAAUUAAUGAGUUUCAAGAUGGUAGAGAAAAACCAGUAUAUUCAUGGACACAAAGUUGGAAAGAUUGGUUGAAACAAAGUUGGGGAUCAGAAUAUGAAGAUGAAAAAAUAGAAAGUAAAUUAUUAUCACAAUUACCUUUUUUUCCCGUUAGUGAUGGUAAAAGAAAAGCACAAAUAAUAAAUACAGAUAUUGGAAAUAAUCAAUAUAUUCAUGAACUUUAUAUAGAAAAUUUAGAAAAAGAUCCUUAUCCACAAAUAUGUAAAGAAAUAGUAUUAAUUCAUGGAUAUGCAGCAUCAUUAGGUUUAUUUAUUGAUAAUUUUGAUCAAUUAAGUUCAAUACCAGGUUGUAAAAUUCAUGCUAUUGACUUAUUAGGAUUUGGAUUAAGUUCAAGACCUAAAUUUCCUCAUUUACCUGCAAAUACUAAACAAGAAAUUUAUAAAGUUGAAGAUUGGUUUAUUGAUUCCUUGGAAAUUUGGAGACAAAAAAGAAAUAUAAAUAAAUUUAUUUUAAUGGGUCAUAGUUUUGGUGGUUAUUUAAGUUGUGCAUAUGCUUUAAAAUAUAACACCCAGACAAAAAAUGGAUUUACUUCAAAUAUAAUAGAUAAAUUAGUAUUAAUAAGUCCUGUUGGAGUAGAAACUAAUAAAUUUUCAUUAUUAGAUAAUGAUAAACACGUCCCUAAAGUAUCAAUAGAACAAGAAGUAUUAGCAGAUCAAGAAGAUAUAGUAGAAGGUAAAUCAAUAGAAGAAGUUCCAAAAUCAAGAGGUAGAAAAAUUUUCGAUUAUAUGUGGGAACAUAAUUACUCACCUUUUUCAAUAAUAAGAAAUUCAGGUCCUGUAAAAUCAAAAUUAAUUUCUAGAUGGACGACUCAUAGAUUUGCUCAUGUUUAUUAUCAAAAUGAAGAAAAUUUUCAAAAUAUGCAUGAUUAUAUAUAUAGAGUAUUUAAUGGUAAAGGUUCAGGUGAGUAUGCUAUAACAAGAAUAUUAUCAGUGGGGGCAUUAGCAAAAUUACCAUUGAUAGAUAGAUGUCCACAAAAAUUUGUUGAUAUGAAAUUACGUACAUUAUGGUUAUAUGGUGAUAAAGAUUGGAUGAAUGAUGAAGCAGGUUUAGAAAUGACAAAAGAUAUUAAUAAAUUAUCAAUGUCAAAAUAUCAUAAAAAUUUAGCAGAUUUUAAAAUUAUUAAAAAUGCUGGUCAUCAUUUAUAUCUUGAUAAUCCACCUCAUUUUGCUAAAACUAUUUUCAAAUUUUUGGGAGUUUAA